AUGAGGUCAUCCAAGGCCUGUGAUCUGGAUAGCCUCUCAGCCAUGGCUGGCUGGGACCGUGGGAUGGAGGCCAUCAGGACAGAUGCGUGUCAAGAUUUUGGCAAGGCAAGAGAGGCCCCAGAAUGCAACGAUGCUGAUGCAUCGCCGCCAGAGUCCACAACCCAGUGCACGAAGUCGUUCUCGCGAGACAAGUCAUAUCCACUUGACUCUGUCAAGAAUUACAGCCUCCCCGCUUCUUCGACGCGUUCCUACCCCGACAACGGUGCCAAAAUGCCUUCCAUUCUUAACAUUGCACAUAUGUGCUCCCACCUUCAAAACGCUUCCAAAGCUCGACUAGGGAUCACCUCUGUACAAAAUACCAAGUACAACCUGCACCUCGCCCUCGCCAUGCACCGCUCUGGCUUCUUCUCCGCCAUCUACCGCGCAGGACCACACCCACCCACAUUAGAGAAGAUGGUCUCGGAGCCCCCAGAGAUUGUCACAAGUGCGAACGUUGCGAAGAUGAGGAUAUGGCUCGGCAUGAAGUACUGGAAUGGCAAGCCCGUUCUUUCCAAGGCGCACGUCAUCAGCAAGCCCUCGCGCCUCAUGACAGCGGACAUUCAAGAGCUUGCGAGAUUGACGAGAGGGUUUCCCGCCAAAUUGAAGGGUGGCGUUGUUCCGGGGCUCGGUCUUGGCGAGUGCAUGUUUGUCGCGACAUCACAAGGCGUCCUCGAGGCUAGGGAAGCUCUUGCCCGGAAAGUGGGCGGCUUGCUUAUUUGUAGAAUAUCUUGA